CGCAGGGAGAUGACGUAAGGUUGCCGUAGAAACCAAACAGGCUCUUGUUAGUUGAGUCGCUUUUCCUGUGCUGAAAAUCAUGUAAAUGUUAUCUUCAAACAACCAUUAUUCGACAUGCGCUUUCAUCGUCCUUAUAUGUAAAAUCUAUAACGUUUUUUUCUGAGACGAUGAGUGCAAUGGUUCAAUCAGGAGACGAAAUAAACCCAGAACUAAAGAAUCUGGUCGCAAUCACCAGAGAAAAAUCUGAAAACAAGUUUAACGACGUGCUUUCAGCAUUAAAAGAUCUUCUAGGCAGAAAGUCUUUAGGAGAUCAGAGGGAUCUGGAGGCGUGUAAACAGAGUCUCUACUCUCAUGGUGUGCUGCAGUACUGCUCAUCUUCACUGAGAUUCAGUCCAGUCAAGAUUCAAGGGGGCUAUGCAGUCCUGACACAGAUGGCAGACCUCCUCAGCACAUGCUGUGUGGGUCUGGGUGAUUUCAGACACAUGGAAGUGUUCAGUCAUGAAUUUCUGCCAUCAGUGGUGGAAAGUCUUCUUUUUCUUGCAGACCGUCUAAUGAACAGAGCUUUGCGGGACAAGGCACGUAAUGAGCUGAUUCGUUUGUUUAGAAAAGUCUUUGAUUCCAUUGGCUGGAUCCUCAGGGCUCACAGACAUCUCAUUCAUCAUGUAUUGAAAUCUAAACAUUAUGAGAGUGUCCAGAUCUGUGAAGACGAUGACAUCUCCAUUGUUACUGUCACCAUGUGGAACAAUAUCUUCAGGGCAAACGGUGCUGUAGUGGCUGAGAUGGGAAGCAGGGCUCUGACUGACAUCAUGGAUGAUAUUGUGUAUAAAAUGUCCAGUAGCUCAAAUCCUGUGAUUGGCAGAGCAGCUGUAAAGACCCUUGUUCUGAUUAUGGACCACAGCAGCUCAACCCGUCAGCUCAUUCACAGACGAUACAAAGGUUUGGCUGAUUUGGUCAUGAAAGACUGGCAUGGUAAAGGCUUUGACUCUGCUCUGGAUCAGCUUAUUGAUCGCCUGCAGUCAGACGUCCCAUGGAGAGACGCUAAGGAGACAUCUGAGGAGUGUGUGAGAGCAGCUUGUAUUAUCCAGGCAGUCUGGAGAGCCCAUCAGACCAGAAAAAGACUGAGGAAACUCCCAAGAGCGGUCAGCACAUUACAGCGCAGCUUCAGGGAAAAGCGCAGACAGCAACAGGAACACACUGAAAGUCAGCGAGCAGAAGAGGAAUUACGUCAUCAAAUGUGUCUGCGAAGACAGAGAGCCAUGAGACAGUUCCGCCAACACCAGCUUCAUCUGAUGGAGAUGCUACCAGCUGCCCAGGUGGAGAAAUACCUGGGGGAGCUGGAGAACAAGGCAGCUGUGCUGAUUCAGAGAGUGUGGAGAGGACACAGAGAGAGACGCAACUUCCAGCAGCACAGAUACAUUCUCAGACGGCACAGAGCAGCUGUCACUCUACAGAGAGCUAUUCUGCAGUUUUUAAAACGUCGUAAAGCACAAAGGAAUAUUCUCACGUCAUUGAAAGGACCCAAAGGACUGACUGACAGUAGAAGAACAGAGCUCAGGCAACAGAUACAGGAACACAUCUCUCUACAUCCUUCAUCUGUGAUGUCAGCAGAGGACAGUGUGGAGCUCCACCAGAGAGCCCAGAGUCUCCUCCACCAGCAUCUGAUCAGCAGAGCAUCUGAUCGGGCACAGGAGCAGCACAGACAGGCUCUACUUGUGCAGAUCAACACAGACGUGGAGCUUUUAUUAAAUGCGCCGUCCCUGAAGGAUGCCAGAGUGGAGGAUGCAAGUCUGUUCCUGAGCCGUUCCUGCCCUGUGGCCACACGCGCCCGUCAAUCCCACAAUGCCUUGAUGCAGAGCAUGCGUCUCCCGUGGUGGAGGAUGCUUGGAGAUGAGUUCUCCAGCCCAGAGGAGCCUCCCAGGAAAGACUAUGACAUGGACAUUGAGUCACUGUAUCUAGGUGGCAACUAAAAGAUGAUGAAACUCAGACUUUAUUUGCAAUAUAUCUUUCAUAUCAGUAUACUUGAAAGAAUGGUAGUUUGAACAGGUUUUAUGGCACAUUAGGGCUUCCAAUAUGAUUACAUGCAUUUUAAAAAUACAAUGCAGUGACAGAACAAAUACAGUGAAGCUGGAAUCCUUUAGCUACAUAAUUACUAAAACAUUCAUUUUAUUAAUGUCCUCUAACAGAAUGGUUUAUAUUUAAAAUGUUUCUUGUUAAAGGGAUAGUUCACCCAAAAUCUGAAAUUUCUGUCAUAAUUUACUCCAUCUCAUGUUCUUACUUUCUAUUGUGGAAAACAAAAGAUAUUUGAAGUUCAUUGUAAAUGAGAACUGAUUCUUAAUUGAACUUACCUGGUUAAAUAAAGGUUAAUUAAUUAAACUGUUUGGUUACCAACAUUACUUAAGUUAUUAAUGACUUCCAUUGAAUGGAAAUUCUCAUUUUUAGGUGAAUGAUCCCUUUAAGGAAGAGCAGAAUAAUACAAGCACUGUCUUGUACACAAGUUCUUUUCUUUUUUUAAAUUAAACAUCUCAGGUACAUUGUACACUAGCAGUCAGGUUAAAGACUAUUGUAGUCACUUUUUUGUC